GAGGAGGGAUGGAUGACUCACAAUGUUAUGAUGCGGUUCCACAACACACCGCCACAUUCGGCUACAGACGGUGCACAAAAACAGCCCUUGGGUUGCUCUGAAGCUGCUGUCCCCUUGGUACGACCCCGCGCAGAGCGACAGCCGGAACACGCAGGGGCGGAGAGAGUCCCCCAGGGAGCAGGUUUCAAGGUGUCUCCCCUUUCGGUCUGGUUCUCAUCUGGGGGGGCCCUGGCAGUGCAGCCCCCCCAAACUUCAUUCUUUUGAAAAACGGCUCUAGCCAACCUGCUUCGCUGCUUCACUUGUGAUCGCUUGUGUGGGGGCUGCACAGCACCAGCUCCCCCACCUCGACAAGGCAUUGCCCUCCAGCCUGUCAUGCCCAGCUGUGAGCCAGUGCCACCAGCCGCCUGUCUCCCUACCAAAACGUUCCGCAGUUACCUGCCCCGGUGCCACCGGACUUACAGCUGUGUCCACUGCAGGGCACACUUGGCCAAACAUGAUGAACUCAUCUCCAAGUCCUUCCAGGGAAGCCAUGGCCGCGCCUAUCUUUUCAAUUCUGUGGUUAAUGUGGGAUGUGGUCCAGCAGAGCAACGCCUUCUGCUCACUGGUCUCCAUUCAGUUGCUGAUAUAUUCUGUGAAAGCUGCAAGACUACACUGGGCUGGAAAUAUGAACAAGCCUUCGAGACCAGCCAGAAGUACAAAGAAGGGAAGUACAUCAUUGAGAUGUCACAUAUGGUGAAGGACAAUGGCUGGGACUGAGAGGGAAGUCUGGGUUCACACCCUCCUGCGUAGCAUGCCUUGCCCUUUUGUGACCCCUUUGCCACAAGUGGCAUCCCAGCACAACCAACCCAGCUACCCUUCCAUCAAUCUCCUGCACAGCAUCACCCAGGGGAGUGGAGCUUCCAGGAUCUUCCCCCCAAGCCUCUUUCUGAAACGCUGGAUUCACUGUUUGGAGGACCCUACCUGUCCCCUAGAGCAGAAGAGGAAACAUGCAGGUGGCGGGGGUGGCGGGAGACUAACGUGCAAGAUUUUGGACUGGUUUCUCCUUGGCCCGUGUAGGUUAUGUUACAUCCACUGUUAGCACUUGUUUGGGUAAAACUGUGGCAUCCAGAACUGAGAACCUGGAAUCAGGUUUGAACGUUGCAGUCCAUUGCAUAAGAAGAACAAAAUACUUAAUGCAAUGUGACAGCAAGGACGGUGACAUAGGGUACACUUUGGGGGAGGGCCAACAGAUCAGUUUCACGUGUAAAAGCUGAAGAGAUGGUCUCCAGUAUCUCCAGCUUAAAUAAAGAAGGGCUGUGACAGAACCUCAACCAUGGCCCUGGGUAACUGCUGCCAGACAAUGCUGACAGUGCUGAGCUGGAUGGACUAGUGAUUCAGUUUAUUGUAAGGCAGCAGCUUCUCCUUUCUGAGGAGAAAUUAAAAGUUGUACAUCAGCCUGCUGAUAUUGGGCACUGAAGGCUGGAUGGAGUAGAUCUUACUGGGAGAUAAAGAAUAUCCUGAAGGUAAGGGACAGAGGAACAGUCUCCCUCCAAAUGGUAGUUACCGUUCCCUUUCCCAGACACUGUGAUGGUAUUUUCCCCAGAUUUAUUCUAUGGAGUCCAUUACUUUAGGUAUGAAUUAUCGUGUGCUUGCAAUCCCUGAGCACUAUGCCCCCUCCCUCAACUCCCCUACCAUUAAUGAAGGGUGGGGCGGUGGGGUGGGCAGCACUUCAGCACUGUCACCAGCGCAGGAAUUUUUUUGUAUAAUAAAAUUGUUUUAUAUUUUAAAACAAACAACCCAUACUACCAAUAGCUUCUGUCAUCCUGCUUCCUUUUCAGAUUCAGGACCAAGCCAGAAGUUCUGUUGACAGGACAUUAGCUUCUGCCAGCUUUCUGCUGGUCAAAGUUUCCAAUAGGCAUGGAAUCCAGAAGUAUUAUCUGACUACAUACAUUUGAAAUCUUUACACCAAAUCACGCAAAAUACGAACCAGUAUGUUUCUCCCCAUGAUAAAACUGUACAUUCAAAAUUAUCAUAAUCUGUAAAUUGGCUCAGAUUAUGCCUGGAUCUUCCUUGUUUUAUGUAUAAAAAGAGCUUC